AUUUAGCAUCUGCGCAAAUCGAAAGUACUCUUUGUUUGAUUUUCUAAGUAUUUUCAAAACUAGUAAACGACUUUAAAUUAAAUUAACAAAGAGAGAUAUUAUAUAAUACAGUAUAUAACGAAUACUUUAACUUACACUUAUAGAAACAAAGUACAUAAACUGUCUGAUUAAAUGUGCUUUGUUUACGCUGUAUUCAAAAUUAUUGUGAUACAAUGAGUGAAACGAAAUCUUUUGUCAAUUUUUCUUGUCAACGGUGUCUGCAGCCUCUAAAGCUCGACGAAUCUUUGAAUAAUCUUGGAGAACACACUAUCGCAGAUCUAACGCUUCAAAUACGACGAAACAAUGAAGCAGACCUAGAUUUGCAGUCCUCUAGCCUAGAGCACUAUGUCCCGCCAUUUCGUAUGACUGAAUCAGGUAAUGGAACAAAUGGGUUCAUGGUUAUUUCUGACGGAUGGGAAACAACGUCGUCAGGGCACCAGUUACAUGUCAAAGCCACCUUAUUCGACUUACUCUCAAAUAAUUCUGAUGUCGACCACCCACUGUGUGAUGAAUGCACAGACACGCUCUUAGAAUUAAUGGAUAACCAGUUACGACAAACGGAGGAUGAAUGGAGAGACUACAAUGAGUAUUUAAAAAAAUUAGAGGAUGACAAAGAAGAUUUAAACUUAGAAGGGCUGGAAAAAGAACUAGAGGAUUGGAAACAAGAACAAGAUAGGUUAUUACUUGAAUUAUCAGCGUUGCAAAAAGAAGAAAAGGCUAUGAAAGAUCAGAUAGAAGUUCAAGAGAAAGAGAAAGAGAGAUUGGAAGUUGAACAAGAUAUCUAUUGGAGAGAAUACACACGGUAUAAAAAAGAUUUAAUGACGACGGAAGACCAAAUGAAGUUUUACGAAUGUCAACUUUCAUACACACAAGCUCAAUUGGACAAAUUAAAAAAGACAAAUAUAUUUUUAGCAACUUUUCACAUUUCUGAUUCUGGGAAUUUCGGUAUAAUAAAUAAUUUCAGGUUAGGUCGGUUACCGACUGCUCCCGUUGAUUGGUCGGAAAUUAAUGCGGCAUGGGGUCAAACUGUUCUACUACUCUCCUCCUUGGCUAGAAAGAUAAAUUUCUGCUUCCAACGUUACCGGUUAAUACCAUACGGUAAUCAUUCAUACAUAGAAGUUUUAGAAGACCUGAAAGUAUUGCCACUGUAUGGUUCAGGUGGAUUUCGUUUUCUAUGGGAUACCAAGUUUGAUGCUGCGAUGGUCGCAUUUCUGGAUUGCUUACAACAAUUUCAGGAGCAUGUUGAGAAGGGCAAUCAGGGCUUUUGCUUGCCCUACAGGAUUGAUAAAGGAAAGAUAGAAGACAAGGCAUCUCCUCCACACACCUAUUCGAUCAAAAUUCAGUUUAAUUCCGAGGAGCAUUGGACCAAAGCUCUUAAAUACAUGCUAACGAAUUUAAAAUGGGCGAUUGCAUGGAUUUCAAAUCAAAUUAGGGAAGACAAAGUAGAGACAUAGUAUUUAAAAGCUUUAUUUUCUGUGAUUUAAUAAUAUAAGAUAUUGUUAAGUAUGUUAAUUUUGUAUAAUUAUUAAGUAGCAAAUAUUUGUGAUGUUACUCAUAUACUAAUAUUAAGAAAUAAAAAUGGCUAAUGAAUUAUGUGUAAAAUUUCAGUGAGAGAUAUAUAAAUGAUUUUUUGAAUAU